CAAGCAUUAUAUACAUGGAAAAGUGCAAUUUAAGCUCUAAAGCUUUAUUGAGUUGAGAAUUCUGCUGCUACAAUGUUCAACCAUCUAUCCUAUUUACAAGUCACAUUUGUUCAAUUGUAGAAAAAGAGUACAUUAUCACACAUUGAUAUGUGUGAGAAAAUUGACGUGGGAGCUAUCAGAAAAUACUUCAAAAGAUGCGCUUUGCUCAAUUCAUCCGUAAAAAUCCCGAUUUAGCUCCUCUGUUCGUCAUUACAGCCGCAGGCUGUACAGCUGCUGUUUCAUAUCCUCUCUAUUUGCUUAGAACUCACUCUGAUAUUCGUGUCGAUAAGAACAACAAGUAUCCUUGGCAAAAAAUAGAACAACAUCAGAAUACUAAGUUUAUGACUGUGAAUCCUGAAUUCUUUGAAUCUCGUCGUAACAAGCAACCUCCAUUCUUCUGAUUUAAGC